AUGGGCCGGCUAAGGUCGUCUGAGGUGGACCCUCAAUGCCUCCGUGUACUGAAAGAAAACCACACAGAUAUUUUACACAUUGGUGAUGUGAGGGAUUUAAAUACUGACAUCAUUGCAUCAAUGGGGACAGUCUCCUUUUUAUGUGGAGGGUCACCCUGUAACGAGGUCUCCAGGGUGAAUGGCGGAAGACGUGGAUUAUUUGAUGAAGAGGGGGACUCAAAUUUGUUUUUUCAUUUUGUGCGCAUAUUGAAACAACUGCAAGCAGCUGCAGUGGCAAGGGAAAGCCGUUUCUACUUCUUCUUUGAGAACACUGCUCAUUUAGAUGCAGUCACCCUGGAAGCUUUCACAAAGUAUCUUGUUAAUAGGGAGUUAGGCUGCAAGCCGAUCGUCCGCUGUGCUGCCCAUUACAGUGCCACGAAAAGGAAACGUCUCUUCUGGUCUAAUCUGCCAGGUUUCCAUGACAAGGAACUACCCAUGAAAAAUAACAGAGUGCUCCAGGAUUAUAUCGGGCCAGCCAGAAAAGCACUGGUCCAGGUAGCAAAGACAUUCACGACAAACAGAGGAGGGCAGAGGCGUAGUAACGGGGAGCUGCAGGUUGAAUUUGAGGGCCAGAAGGAGUUCCUUUAUGCGGCAGACCAGGAGAGGCUCCUAGGAUUCCCGGACGGGUACACUGAUAAGGGAGGCAUGAGCCAAACUGCCCGGUCGGCAUUAUUGGGAAGGACAUGGUCAGUCGAUGUUGUCAUGGAUCUGUGGACACCACUGUGUGAGAUAUUCCGAGGUACAGGUUGA